GAAGCCUAAAAUGGAGCAAUAAGAGCACCUAAAACAGUGUGUUAUUGCUUAUGAAUUGCAAUGAAUAGAAAACUGAGAAUCUCGGCCAUGGAAUGGGAAACCUUGUGGGGGGGAGCACCACUAGACCACCAUAGAAAAAAAGAAGAAGUAGAGAACCCAAGUGAAAGAUAGAAAAAACAAUAAUGUCAGGAAUUGUAAUUUAAAAUCUCUUUAUUUCCCAUCCUUGAAUCUCAUCUGACAACAAAACUGAAGAUCUUCUGUCAAAAAUCUCCAAAAACCCCGUCUCUUAUCCAUUGCUCCCUUUGAUCUCUCUAAUUUCAGACCAAACUCUGCCACUACCAAAUCCAUGUGUUCUUUUCCAGCUAAGUCUGUUUCUUGAAAUAUGGCAUACAUGAAAGAACCAAACAUACUUAACCCAGAUUCAAGGUACAUGGCACCAGCACAUCUCUAUAUUCUCUGAACUCACUUAAAAACAAUUGCCUCCUUGUCUCGUUAUACUCUUUUCAAUUAAUUUAGCCCAUGCCCUUUUGGUCUUUACAUGAUAAUUUACUUAUUAAUGGUGUCUUGAGUUCUGUGGCUAUAUAGUUUCAAGACUGGGACUGUAAGAUUGGAGCAUCAGCAGGAACUGGAUUUCAGAUUUAGUCUUGUGAAUAUAUUGGUUCCUGGCUCAUUUGGAUAAUGUGGAAGUAAGUAAUACUACUAUUAUAAAGUUGGUUGGUUGCUUGUGGUUGUGGUCUAAGUGAUCUCUUCAAAAUGGUUAAACCUUGUUGGAGACCUUGUGUGGAGGAUGAUGCCACUGAGAAGGUUGAUGGGUUGUUGUGGUACAAGAAUUUGGGGAACCAUGUUUAUGGAGAGUUCUCGAUGGCUGUAAUUCAAGCCAAUAGCGUGAUGGAGGAUCAAAGCCAACUAGAAUCAGGGCCUUUGAGUUCAACUAAUUCAGGUCCACGGGGGACUUUUGUUGGAGUAUAUGAUGGACAUGGAGGAACUGAGGCUUCAAAGUUUAUCAACCACAACGUUUUCUCCAAUUUCAAAAAAAUUGUUUCUGAGCAACAAGAUGUAUCGGAAAUUACUAUCAAGAAGGCUUUUGCAUCUACAGAAGAGGGUUUUCUUUCACUUGUGAAAAAGCAGUGGCUUAGUAAGCCCCAUAUGGCAUCUGUUGGAUCAUGUUGUUUGGUGGGAGUCAUAUGCAAUGGAUUGUUAUAUAUUGCAAAUGCAGGAGACUCCCGAGUGGUUUUAGGAAGAGCAGAAAGAGGAACCAGGGAAGUUACAGCAUUACAAUUAUCUACGGAGCACAAUGCUAAUAUAGAAACUGUGAGAAAUGAACUCCGGUGUCUGCAUCCCAAUGAUUCACAGAUUGUUGUGCAGAAGCACAAAGUUUGGCGCGUGAAGGGCAUCAUACAGGUUUCAAGAUCCAUAGGAGAUGCCUAUCUUAAGAAGUCAGAGUUCAACCGAGAGCCUCUACAACCAAAGUUUAGACUGCCCGAACCUUUCCACAAGCCAAUCCUAAAUCCAGAGCCAGAAAUACUAGUGCGCAAACUCCAACCAGGAGAUCGAUUCCUCAUAUUUGCUUCUGAUGGUCUAUGGGAGCAUCUUAGCAAUCAGGAGGCUGUUGACAUUGUCCAAAAUUUCCCCCGGAAGGGAAUUGCCAAGAUGCUUGUCAAAGCUGCCCUUCGGGAAGCUGCAAAGAAAAGAGAGAUGAGGUACACAGAUUUGAAAAGGAUCGAACGAGGCGUCCGGAGACAUUUUCAUGAUGAUAUUAGUGUCAUAGUUGUGUAUAUAGAUUCUCAUUUGAUCAGUAGAAGUUCCAUCGGUGGCCAUCCCUUAUCGAUAAGAGGAGGAAGCGCCGCCACUAUAUCUUACUCAGAGACAAGAUUCUAGUGUUUGAUCUCUCUAUCCCCAUCUUUAGAUUAUUGCUGGAAGAUUGUGAAAGACAUCCUGUUUCUUGAGACCCCAAAAAGUGGGGCGCACAAUGUCAAUGAACAUCACUCUUCAAAAGA